GGGCGGCGGCGGCCAGAAUAAUGUGCACCACCACCCCCCGCACCCCCGUCACGAACUGAACAUGGCCCAUAACGUGAGCGCCGCAGCCGCUGCCGCCAGCACUGGCAGCGCCAAGAGCGGCGGCUCCGAGGCGGCUCUCAGGGAGGCUGCAAGCGCCGCCGCGCUGUCCUCCUCCUCCUCCUCCUCCUUCGCGGCGGCAGCGGCAGCGUCCUCCUCUUCCUCCUCGUCGGGCCCGGGCUCGGCCAUGGAGACGGGGCUGCUCCCCAACCACAAACUGAAAGCCGUUGGCGAGGCCCCCGCCGCACCGCCCCACCACCACCACCACCUCCACCACCACCACCACCAUGCCCACCACCACCACCACCAUGCCCACCACCUCCACCACCACCACCACGCACUACAGCAGCAGCUAAACCAGUUCCAGCAGCAGCAGGAGCAGCAGCAGGAGCAGCAGCAGCAAGCACAGCAGCAGCGGCAGCACCAACAACAUCCCAUUUCCAACAACAACGGCCUGGGCGGCGCGCCCCAGCCGGGCCCCGACAUGGAGCAGCCGCAACAUGGAGGCGCCAAGGACAGUGCCGCGGGCAGCCAGGCCGACCCCUCGGGCCAGCCUCUGCUGAGCAAGCCGGGCGACGAGGACGACGCGCCGCCCAAGAUGGGGGAGCCGGCGGGCGGCCGCUACGAGCACCCGGGCCUGGGCGCCCUGGGCGCGCAGCAGUCUCAGGCCGCCGUGCCCGGGGGCGGCGGUGGCAGCGGCCCGGCGGCCGUCUCGGAGUUUAAUAAUUACUAUGGCAGCGCUGCCCCUGCUAGCGGCGGCCCCGGCGGCCGCGCUGGGCCUUGCUUUGAUCAACAUGGCGGACAACAAAGCCCCGGGAUGGGGAUGAUGCAUUCCGCCUCAGCCGCCGCCGGGGCCCCCAACAGCAUGGACCCCCUGCAGAACUCCCACGAAGGGUACCCCAACAGCCAGUACAACCAUUAUCCGGGCUACAGUCGGCCCGGCGCGGGCGGCGGCGGCGGCGGCGGCGGCGGCGGAGGAGGAGGAGGAGGAGGCAGCGGAGGAGGAGGAGGAGGAGGAGGAGGAGGAGGAGGAGCAGGAGCUGGAGCAGGAGCGGGAGCUGUGGCGGCGGCGGCCGCGGCGGCGGCAGCAGCAGCAGCAGGAGGCGGCGGCGGCGGCGGUGGCGGCGGCGGCUAUGGGGGCUCGUCCUCGGGGUAUGGGGUGCUGAGCUCCCCCCGGCAGCAGGGCGGCGGCAUGAUGAUGGGCCCCGGGGGCGGCGGGGCCGCGAGCCUCAGCAAGGCGGCCGCCGGCGCGGCGGCUGGGGGCUUCCAGCGUUUCGCCGGGCAGAACCAGCACCCGUCGGGGGCCACCCCGACCCUCAACCAGCUGCUCACCUCGCCCAGCCCCAUGAUGCGGAGCUACGGCGGCAGCUACUCCGACUACAGCAGCCCCAGCGCGCCGCCGCCGCCGCCGUCGCAGCCCCAGUCCCAGGCGGCGGCGGCGGCGGGCGGCCAGCAGGCGGCCGCGGGCAUGGGCUUGGGCAAGGACAUGAGCGCCCAGUAUGCCGCUGCCAGCCCGGCCUGGGCGGCCGCGCAACAAAGGAGUCACCCGGCGAUGAGUCCCGGCACCCCUGGACCGACCAUGGGCAGAUCCCAGGGCAGCCCGAUGGAUCCGAUGGUGAUGAAGAGACCUCAGUUGUAUGGGAUGGGCAGUAACCCCCAUUCGCAGCCGCAGCAGAGCAGUCCCUACCCAGGAGGCUCCUACGGUCCCCCAGGCCCUCAGCGGUACCCUGUUGGCAUCCAGGGGCGGACCCCCGGAGCUAUGGGCGGGAUGCAGUACCCGCAGCAGCAGAUGCCACCUCAGUAUGGACAGCAAGGCGUGAGCGGUUACUGCCAGCAGGGCCAGCAGCCUUACUACAACCAGCAGCCGCCGCCGCACCUCCCGCCGCAGGCGCAGUACCUCCCGGCCCAGUCCCAGCAGAGGUACCAGCCUCAGCAGGACAUGUCUCAGGAAGGCUACGGAACUAGGUCCCAGCCUGCUCUGGCCCCUGGAAAGCCUAACCACGAAGACUUGAACCUAAUCCAACAAGAAAGACCAUCAAGCUUACCAGUUGAAGUCCUGGCCCCGGAGGACGCAGCCUUUGGACUCAAGGACCUGUCUGGCUCCAUCGAUGACCUCCCCACAGGAACAGAGGCAGCUCUGAGCUCGGCGGUCAGUGCCUCAGGGUCCACGAGCAGCCAGGGGGACCAGAGCAACCCGGCCCAGUCACCUUUCUCGCCACAUGCAUCCCCCCACCUCUCCAGCAUCCCCGGUGGCCCGUCGCCUUCUCCCGUGGGCUCUCCUGUCGGCAGCAACCAGUCACGAUCGGGGCCCAUUUCUCCUGCGAGUAUUCCAGGCAGUCAGAUGCCUCCUCAGCCAGCUGGGAGCCAAUCAGAAUCCAGUUCCCAUCCUGCCUUGAGCCAGUCUCCAAUGCCACAGGAAAGAGGUUUUAUGGCAGGCACACAAAGAAACCCUCAGAUGUCUCAGUAUGGACCUCAGCAGACAGGACCAUCUAUGUCGCCUCAUCCGUCUCCUGGGGGCCAGAUGCAUCCUGGAAUCGGUAGCUUUCAGCAGAGUAACUCCAGUGGGGCUUACGGUCCACAGAUGAGUCAGUAUGGACCACAAGGUAACUACUCCAGACCCCCAACGUAUAGUGGGGUGCCCAGUGCAAGCUACAGCGGCCCAGGGCCCGGUAUGGGUAUCAAUGCCAACAACCAGAUGCAUGGACAAGGGCCAAGCCAGCCAUGUGGUGCUGUGCCCCUGGGACGAAUGCCAGCGGCUGGGAUGCAGAACAGACCAUUUCCUGGAAAUAUGAGCAGCAUGACCCCCAGUUCUCCUGGCAUGUCUCAGCAGGGAGGGCCAGGAAUGGGGCCGCCCAUGCCGACCGUGAACCGGAAGGCGCAGGAGGCGGCUGCAGCGGUGAUGCAGGCAGCUGCAAACUCAGCACAAAGCAGGCAAGGCAGUUUCCCCGGCAUGAACCAGAGCGGCCUCAUGGCUUCCGGCUCUCCGUACAGCCAGCCCAUGAACAACAGCUCCGGCCUCAUGAACGCGCAGGCGCCGCAGUACAGCAUGACGCCGUCCGUGGUGAACAGCUCCGCAGCAUCUAUGGGUCUUGCAGAUAUCAUGUCGCCUGGUGAAUCCAAACUGCCCAUGGCUCUGAAAGCAGAUGGCAAAGAAGAAGGCCCUGCACCGCCUGAGAGCAAGGCAAAGGAUAGCUACGGCUCUCAGGGUAUUUCUCAGCCCCCGACCCCUGGCAACCUGCCCGUCCCUUCCCCAAUGUCCCCCAGCUCUGCUAGCAUCUCCUCCUUCCACGGGGAUGAGAGUGACAGCAUUAGCAGUCCAGGCUGGCCAAAGACUCCAUCCAGCCCUAAGUCCAGCUCGUCCACCACCACGGGGGAGAAGAUCACCAAGGUGUAUGAGUUGGGGAAUGAGCCCGAGCGGAAGCUGUGGGUCGACAGGUACCUCACUUUCAUGGAGGAGCGGGGCUCCCCGGUCUCCAGCCUGCCUGCGGUGGGCAAGAAGCCCCUGGACCUGUUCCGGCUGUACGUGUGCGUCAAAGAGAUCGGGGGCUUGGCACAGGUUAAUAAAAACAAGAAGUGGCGUGAGCUGGCAACCAACCUAAAUGUUGGCACCUCGAGCAGUGCAGCGAGCUCCCUGAAAAAGCAGUAUAUCCAGUACCUGUUUGCCUUUGAGUGCAAGAUCGAGCGAGGGGAGGAGCCCCCACCAGAAGUCUUUAGCACCGGUGACACCAAGAAGCAGCCCAAGCUGCAGCCGCCAUCUCCUGCUAACUCAGGAUCCUUGCAAGGCCCUCAGACCCCCCAGUCAACCGGCAGCAACUCCAUGGCAGAGGUGCCUGGGGACCUGAAGCCACCGACCCCGGCCUCCACGCCUCACGGGCAGCUGACCCCCAUGCCAGGCGGCAGAAGCAGUACAAUCAGCGUGCACGACCCGUUCUCAGAUGUGAGCGACUCAGCCUUCCCCAAACGGAACUCGAUGACUCCGAACGCCCCCUACCAGCAGGGCAUGAGCAUGCCAGACAUGAUGGGCAGGAUGCCCUAUGAACCCAACAAGGACCCCUUUGGUGGAAUAAGAAAAGUGCCUGGGAGUGGCGAGCCCUUCAUGACGCAAGGCCAGAUGCCCAACAGCAGCAUGCAGGACAUGUACAACCAAAGUCCCUCUGGAGCCAUGGCCAGCCUGGGCAUGGGGCAGCGACAGCAGUUUCCCUAUGGAGGUGGCUAUGAUCGAAGGCAUGAACCCUACGGGCAGCAGUACCCAGGGCAAGGUCCUCCCUCGGGCCAGCCGCCGUACGGAGGGCACCAGCCUGGCCUCUACCCACAGCAGCCGAAUUACAAGCGCCACAUGGACGGCAUGUACGGGCCGCCAGCCAAGCGCCACGAGAGCGACAUGUACAACAUGCAGUACAGUGCCCAGCAGCAGGAGAUGUACAACCAGUAUGGGAGCUCCUACUCCGGCCCCGACAGGAGGCCCAUGCAGGGCCAGUACCCGUACCCCUACAACCGCGAGCGGAUGCAGGGCCCUGGCCAGCUGCAGCCGCACGGCAUCCCCCCUCAGAUGAUGGGGGGCCCCAUGCAGCCGUCCUCUGGCGAGGGGCCUCAGCAGAACAUGUGGGCAGCACGCAACGAUAUGCCUUAUCCCUACCAGAACAGGCAGGGCCCCGGCGGCCCCGGCCAGGCCCCCCCAUACCCGGCCAUGGGCCGCACGGAUGACAUGAUGGUCCCCGAUCAAAGGAUCAACCACGAGAGCCAGUGGCCUUCUCACGUCAGCCAGCGUCAGCCUUACAUGGCAUCUGCAGCCUCCAUGCAGCCCAUCACGCGCCCGCCGCAGUCCUCCUACCAGACGCCACCGUCACUGCCAAACCACAUCUCCAGGGCGCCCAGCCCAGCCUCCUUCCCGCGCUCCCUGGAAAACCGCAUGUCCCCCAGCAAGUCUCCCUUCCUGCCGUCGAUGAAAAUGCAGAAGGUCAUGCCCAGCGUGCCCACGGCCCAGGUGGCCGGGCCGCCCCCCCAGCCUCCUCCCAUCAGACGAGAGAUCACCUUCCCGCCCGGCUCAGUGGAGGCCUCACAGCCCGUGCUGAAACAAAGGCGAAAGAUUACCUCAAAAGAUAUCGUUACCCCCGAGGCGUGGCGUGUGAUGAUGUCCCUUAAGUCUGGUCUUUUGGCUGAGAGCACCUGGGCUUUGGACACCAUCAAUAUUCUUCUCUAUGAUGACAGCACCGUUGCUACUUUCAAUCUUUCCCAGUUGUCUGGAUUCCUCGAACUCUUAGUCGAGUACUUUAGAAAAUGUCUGAUUGACAUUUUUGGAAUCCUCAUGGAAUAUGAAGUGGGAGAUCCCAGCCAAAAAGCACUUGAUCACCACGCAGCAAAGAAAGAGGACGGCCAGUCCCCAGCAGAUGAUUCUGGGAAAGAGGACGAGGCCGAAAGCCUCGACGAGGAGGAGGAGGAGGAAGACGAGGACGAGGAGGAGGCUGAGAAGCCAGAGACAGAGGCCAAGGGCAGUGCAGCUCCGCCACCAGAUGCCACCGCAGACCCAAAGGAGAAGCCCAAGCAAGCCAGCAAGUUCGACAAGCUGCCAAUCAAGAUCGUCAAAAAGAACAAGCUGUUUGUGGUGGACCGGUCAGACCGGCUCGGGCGCGUGCAGGAGUUCACCAGCGGGCUUCUGCACUGGCAGCUGGGCGGCGGCGACACCACGGAGCACAUCCAGACCCACUUUGAGAGCAAGAUGGAGAUCCCGCCCCGCAGGCGCCCAGCACCACCCCCGAGCACCACGGGCAGGAAGAAGGAGCCGGAAGGCAGAGGGGACAGCGAGGAGCAGCCAGAGAAGAGCAUCAUUGCCACCAUCGACGAUGUCCUGUCUGCUCGGCCUGGGGCGCUCCCUGAAGACGCCAACCCUGGGCCUCAGGCCGAGAGCAACAAGUUCCCCUUUGGCAUACAGCAAGCCAAAAGCCACCGGAAUAUCAGGCUGCUGGAGGACGAGCCCAGGAGCCGCGACGAGACGCCACUGUGCACCAUCGCGCACUGGCAGGACUCACUGGCCAAGCGCUGCAUCUGUGUGUCCAACAUCGUGCGCAGCUUGUCCUUCGUGCCUGGCAACGAUGCCGAGAUGUCCAAACAUCCGGGCUUGGUGCUGAUCCUGGGAAAGCUGAUCCUGCUUCACCACGAGCAUCCCGAGAGGAAACGGGCACCACAGACCUACGAGAAAGAGGAGGAUGAGGACAAGGGGGUGGCCUGCAGCAAGGACGCGUGGUGGUGGGACUGCCUCGAGGUCCUGCGGGACAACACGCUGGUCACGUUGGCCAACAUUUCCGGGCAGCUAGACUUGUCUGCCUACACGGAAAGCAUCUGCUUGCCCAUCCUGGAUGGCUUGCUGCACUGGAUGGUGUGCCCUUCUGCCGAGGCACAAGACCCCUUCCCCACGGUGGGACCCAACUCGGUCCUGUCGCCACAGAGGCUCGUGCUGGAGACCCUCUGCAAACUCAGUAUCCAGGACAAUAACGUGGACCUCAUCCUGGCCACUCCUCCAUUUAGCCGUCAGGAGAAAUUCUAUGCUACGUUAGUUAGGUACGUGGGGGAUCGCAAAAACCCAGUCUGUCGAGAAAUGUCCAUGGCGCUGUUGUCGAACCUUGCCCAAGGGGACACGCUAGCAGCAAGGGCCAUAGCUGUGCAGAAGGGGAGCAUUGGAAACUUGAUAAGCUUCCUGGAGGACGGGGUCACUAUGGCCCAGUACCAGCAGAGCCAGCAUAACCUCCUGCACAUGCAGCCCCCACCUCUGGAACCACCUAGCGUAGACAUGAUGUGCAGGGCGGCCAAGGCCUUGCUGGCCAUGGCCAGAGUGGACGAAAACCGCUCAGAAUUCCUUUUGCACGAGGGCCGGUUGCUGGAUAUCUCAAUAUCGGCUGUCCUGAACUCGCUGGUCGCAUCUGUCAUCUGUGAUGUACUGUUUCAGAUUGGGCAGUUAUGACAUAAAGUGAGAAGGCACGCACGUGUGAGUGAAGACUAGAGGGUCGCAUAUAACUGGCUGUUUUUCUGUUCUCGUUUAUCCAGCGUAGGAAGAAGGAAAAGAAAACCUUUGCUCCUCUGCCCCAUUCACUAUUUACCAAUUGGGAAUUAAAGAAAUAAUUAAUUCGAACAGUUAUGAAAUCAAUACUUGCUGUCUGUGUGUAUAAGUACAUGCUUUUGGGAUUUUUUUUUUAUUUCUUUUUUUUUUUAACCAAAGUUGCUGUCUAGUGCAUUCAAAGGUCACUUUUUGUUUUUUCACAGAAUUUAUUUCUAAUGUUCUUUUCCAUGUUGUGUUGCAUUUUUUGGGGGGAAGCAAUUUGACUUUAAAGACAAAGUUUUGUUAAAAGAUGCUAAGAUGGGAAAAUUUCAGCACACCGAGGCAAAAAGGGUGAAAAAUGAUCAAUUUGCCAUGCGUUUUAUCAUUCAAAGAGAAGAAUUCAAAAAACAAACAAAAACUGCAUCCCGUCGCCCAAAGCUCCUUGCAAUAGGAACUCGCAGGAUUUAGGUACAGGGGUUCACGGUGUCCGUCAGCCGUCAAGGCUGAGUCUGCUGUCCGGGGAAGGUGUUCCGUCAGGCUAGCAGCAAAGCACGGCUGUCCGAGCUGGAUUCAGACACCUCCCCGGCAGCGACCGACAAGGCUUGCUCUCUCCUCACCACUACGUCAUGCCUGCUGUCUGCCGUCUGAGCUUCCACACGACAGUGCUUCACAAUUCCUUUAAUCAUUUUUAAAAAAAAUUUUUUUUUACUGCCUCUGGGCUGUGAUGUAUAUAGAAGUUGUACAUUAAACAUACCCUCAUUUUUUUCUUUUCUUUUUCUUUUUUUUUUUUUUUUUUUUUUAGUACAAAGUUUUUAGUUUCUUUUUCAUGAUGUGGUAACUACAAAGUGAUGGUAGAUUUAAAUAAUUUUUUAUUUUUAUUUUAUAUAUUUUUUCAUUAGGGCCAUAUCUCCAAAAAAAAUAAAAAAUAAAAAAUACAAAAAACAAAAACAAAAAAAAAAAACCACACAAAAAAAGAGGGUAAUGUACAAGUUUCUGUAUGUAUAAGGUUGUGCUCUGUUCGGGAGAGCAGCUCACCACAAUUUGUUUCAUGAAUCAAGGUGUACGAAUGGUUGCGUAUGGACUGACUUAGCAAAUGGUUACCAGGACAGGAAAAAAAAAAAAAGAAAGAAAAAAUACAACUAACAGGAAGAAACACAACUUCAAAGAUUUUUCAGUGACAAGAAUCCACAUUUGUAUUUCAAGAUAAUGUAGUUUAAAAAAAAAAAGAAAAAGAAAAAAACUUGAUGUAAAUUCCUCCUUUUCCUCUGGCUUAAUGAAUAUCAUUUAUUCAGUAUAAAAUCUUUAUAUGUUCCACAUGUUAAGAAUAAAUGUACAUUAAAUCUUGUUAA